CUCGUAUUCAUUUAUGCUCAAUGACCAACGGCAUGAUAGAGCUGAGGGUUUGUCGAUCCAACAGCCCCUGCACAAGUUGGCCUUCGGCUUGAGUAGUGUAGGCUUCGUCAGCGUGCCUAACACCCGUUUGUCGCUGAUCCUGUCGACGAUCACGCCUAGACCAGAGUUCUCACUGUGAAACAGGCCUCGCCCCCAAUGCAUUCGGCCCCUGUCACCACUGCACCAUCUUCCUUUGACAGCCUUUCCAUGCGGACCAUCAGCCCAUUCCAGCCUCACGGGUGGGCGAUAUAAGAAUCGCGAUGAUCGCCGGGUAACUUCCUCUCUCCUCACUCACUCCACACUCACUCUCAUUCAGUCUUUCGCUCUUUCGUCUGAUUCAGUCCUUCUUUAUUGAUUCUGUACCGGUACAGAUCGUCAAUCUUUACUCUACUUAGUUUCCAAACUUAAUCAGCCUCGACGGCCCCCAUUCCACCCAAAAUGCGAAGCGUCAUUGCCGUUUCCCCCGUGACGGCCCUGCUGGCCACCCUCUUCCUGCUGCUGCGCGUUGCCUCCGCCGCGCCAGUCACCACCGAACUGGUCCCUAUCGCCGCGCCCGAUGACAACGAUCUCGCCGCGCGGUCGCCCAUCGAGCUAGUUCCCAUCGAGGCUCCUGAGGGCAACGAGCUCGCCGCGCGUGCACCCACCGCCAAGCCUGUGAUCUCGGUCAAGUUCUUCAACGACCAGAUCAAGGAGAAGAAGAUCACCAAGGACAAGGCUUGCCUGUUCUACUACCGCCUGAACGCGGCGGCCGGCGAGACCACGGCGCGCCAGUGGUACAAGGACCACGCGCCCAAGAGCGGCGGCUUCCUGGGCAUCGGCAAGAAGGUCAAGGACCCGGUGACCUACAACGACGUCAACAACAAGAUGUACACCUACCGCAUGGACCUGCCCAAGAACGUGCCCAAGCCGACCACCAUGAACAGCGACAAGACGGCCCCCAAGGAGAUCAAGUCCGACUGGCUGGGUGGCGGCCUCAUCUCGCAGGCCCUGGCUGAGAGCUGCGAGGGCGACGUCUACUUCUUCACCUCCGAGGGCGAGCAGUGGUGGGACGAGUACCCCUACAGCUCCAAGGACACCAACUUCUGGUGGGACUUCGAGUGGCCCGCUCUCCUGAAGAACAGCAAAGUCAAGAACGUCUACCUCAUCGACCCGGCCACCGCCACUGAGAUCCCCUCCACCCCGCUGUACAAGAAGGGCACCACCCCUGACCACGUCCCCGACAAGAACCGUCCCUUCGGAACCGGCUGGGAGUACGACACCGGCAAGACCCAGGCUGCCCCUGCUCCUCAGCCCACCACCACCACCAAGGCUGGUGCCCAGCCCACCAAGACCAACGCUGCCUCUCAGCCCACUAAGACCAAGGGCAGCACCACUGGUGGCGGCAAGCCCGGUAAGCCCGGCAAGGGCAAGGGCGGCAAGAAGAUCUAAACGUCUUUCUCGCCUCGCGUCCUUGUACACCGGCAAUCUGGGCGAUGGCUUAACGUGUUGACGCCUUAUGCUGUACUAUAGACAGAUCGAGUCUAAUUCCGGGGUAGCCGUGGUUUUCUUCGCUAUUCAGCUUGCUUGUUCGUGUGAUUUGCUUUUGAGUGAUUGGAUGUAUAUAUUCUUCUGAGUCCUAGACUAUCCUUAAUUUCACAAUCUGUACAUUUGGUGGAAUCAGC